UACUUAAUUAUCCUUAAAUUACCUAUAUACCCCUAUCCUCCAACAUUUAUAAUCAUUUCAAUUUUCAAGAUUUGAAUCUCAUUCCCUCUCUCACCGGACUUGAAACUUUUUCCUUAAAUCAGAUUAGUAACAUUUUUUCGGGUUUAGUGAUAAAAUCAUUUAUUAUUAUUAUCUUUUAUGACUAACUUUUUUUUUUCCUUUUUCCUUUUAUUAUUCUUUUUUCUUUUCAGUAAUAAGCUUCCGAUAUUUUUCUCUCCCUUUCAAAUUUUCACUGUCUUCUUCAGUCUGACCUCAUUAGAAUUACCACUCUUUUGUCCUGGAAAGCCAAUCAAAACCGGUUUUCAGGACACCUCAAAGCCGGUUUUCUGCCGGGAUACUGUUAUUCUGAGGCUGAAAACCAGAUUUUUUUUUCCUUUAUUGGCAAUCUGUUUUCUUCAUACAUUGAAGGGUAGAAGCAGAGGGAGCUGGUUUCACAAGGACGUGUAAGUUACAGUGUUCUCUUUUCUGGGUCGCAUUUAUUUAUGAUUUUCUUGUGAUGUACUUAGAUGGUUUAGAGUUCAGAUGACAUUUGUUUCCUUAUAUGGAAAGUUCUUAUUUUGUGUGCUUUUAUCAUCAUACUGUAACAUGUUUGGUCUCAAAUUCUUGUGUCGAAUUUAGUUGUCAGUUGUAGUUGUAAGAUACUAGCUGAUUCUGCCAUCUUCAAGUGGCCCGGGUUCUGAUCUUUGAGAAUGAUUGGCAAAAAUGAUUCUUUGUUGCAAGCUUUUUGGCACACCGUACGCAUAAGGAGGCAGAAAAUUUUGAACUGGAUCAAUUUGAUCAUCAUUUGAUAUACUUGUGUUAAGCUUUCCUGUUUUGGGAAUUUACCUUGUGCAUGUGUGCCUGUAAGCUUGGACAGUGGUUUGAUGGAUGAUUAGAACUGUUUGUAUCCCUUUCAUUGUAGCUCUCUGCAAUUUUGUCUUAUGCAUACUUUAUAAGUGCAUCCCGGAAAAAGGUGUUGCUGAUUUAGUUAAGCAUAGUCUGCUGAAAAAGGAAGCCAAGAGAUCUUUUAUGAUAAUUUUUUCUCAUGUUUGUUCUGUCUAAGAAUUGUUUUCAACUUCCACCAAUUUUGAAUUUCUUCGUUUCUGUGUCUCAUGCCUUACUGAAGUGCUAUUUAGCAUGUGAAAAAGCAAUGUUGUUGAUUUUGUACUUUUAGCGGGACCUAAUAGUGUGCUAGGUUGUUUUACUGAAAUCCCAUGAUAAAUGUUACAAAAGUCUGUGAUUGAUUUUGAGAUUCUACAGGAUUCUCUUACAUGCUAUUGUAGGUGGAGUGGCCUUUGGUAAAUUAUGGAAUCGAGAGAAGGAAUGAAUUCAGGAGUGACAGUGAUAGCCCCUGAGGCUCCAUCAAAUUAUCUUGUUGCGCCUAGGACGGAAAAUUUCACCUCUGUUGCUGCAACAUCGCAAGCUCUUCCAUCGCCACCUGCUGUAGGAAUAAUUGGUUCAUCUGAGAAAAAGAAGAGAGGCAGACCAAGGAAAUAUGCCGAUGGGGCCGGUCCCAAGCCUCUGUCACCAAUGCCAUUAUCAGCCUCUACUCAAACUAUAACUGGCUAUUUGGCUGACAAACCAUCUAGCGGUGGGAGGCCAUUCACUUCUGAGAAAAAGCAUAAGCCUAAAGUUGAUAACCCUGGUGAGUGGCUUGCAUUUUCAACUGGUCAAAGUUUCUUGCCCCACAUGAUCACUGUUAAUGCUGGUGAGGAUGUCUCAAUGAAGAUUAUCUCAUUUUGUCAACAAGGACCACGGGCAGUUUGUGUGAUUUCUGCUGUUGGUGUUAUUUCAAAUGUUACACUACGGCAGCCAAAUUCUUCUGGGGGCACACUGACGUAUGAGGGUCGAUUUGAAAUUCUUUCUUUGACGGGAUCAUUCACCCCUACGGAAAUAGCUGGAUCAAGAAUGGGCCGAACUGGGGGUAUGAGCAUUUCUUUGGCUAGUCCUGAUGGUCGUGUGGUUGGUGGUACACUCGCCGGACUGUUAAUUGCUGCCAGUCCUGUACAGGUUGUUGUAGGCAGUUUUCUUCCUAGCAAUCAAAAUGAAGUGAAACCGAAGAAGCAAAAAUAUGAACAGAAAGUAGCAGUUGCUGCCGCAGGAUCUGCUAUUGCUUCCCCACCACCUCAUUCCACUAACAUGAUAGAGCACAGGAACUCUAACAUGCAAGCCAUGAACCACUCCUUUCCGACAGGUCACAGUAUCAUGCCUUCCUCAACUCUUCCGACGGCUAAUUGGACGAACAUGUCUGCAGUGGAUGAUACAAGAAAUUCAAACACUGACAUCAACAUUCCCUUGCAAGGACAGUAAUCCAAUGCCCCUGAUACCAUUGUUUCACGUAUUCUUUCUUGGAUUCAGUCAGUAUAGGGAAGUCUCCAGACUUUUUGGUUAGUGUAGGUAGGAACAUUUGGCUAGUGAUAUUCAAGUUUCAGUAGGAAGGAUAUCUCAAAUGACAGAGACUAAUGCUUGUUGUAGGAAGUUAUCUCUUAGUUUGUUGUAGAAUGAUACUAAUUCAUGAUCAUAUGUACUCAUUAUCAUUUUGAUGCAUGUGUUUUUACUAUUUGCCACACAA